AUGAUGGUCUUCCGAUUGGUGCAAAGCGUCGUGCUCUUGACGGCGGCAGCCGAUGACUCUGUGCAUAGCCAUUUGGGGCAUGCACCGCUUGCACCACCAUUCACCGAUUUGGAGGCUUGGCAGCCCCUUGUGGGUCGAUUUGCGUUCAAUAUUACCACGCUCAGUUCUGAGGCGCAGCGGCUCUUCGGUAUUGGUCUGUUGCUCAUCUACAAUUUUGACCAGCCAAACGCGCAAUCCGCAUUCAAGGCUUGCCUGGAGAACGACCCGAGUUGCUCCAUGUGCUGGUGGGGCCUCGCGCAUGCCCAUGGACCCUUCCUGAACCGUCCCACCAAAUCUUCCGAUGAUCUGGCAGCAGGUCUGUUUGCGGCCGCGAAUGCGUCAGCGCAGCUUGCGAAGAGACGCGACAGGCACAGCGCAAAGGAGCGGGUUCUGAUCGAUGCCAUGGCUGUCCGUUAUCCCGCAAACUCAGCCGCAGGCGACCAAGUCAAAAGCUACAAGCAAUAUGCCAAGGUGUUGCGAACCGCGCGGGAGUCGAAUGUGUCUCUUUCUUCUGAUGUCGACCUCACCGUCUUUGAUGCCGAGGCCAGAAUGGUCCUCAUGUGCGAUGACGCCGGCUACCACUUCUACAAAAGUAACGGCGAUGAUCUUCCACCCACACCUGCAGAGGGCACUGCUGAGAUUUCUAAAAUGUUGCGAGGGGUGCUCGCGACAACUGGCCAGACGCAUCCAUAUGCCCAGCACCUACUCAUACACAGCACUGAAAUGUCAAACUCGGAGGCACUAGGUGCUGGGUCGAGGCAGCAGCCCAUUUGA